UAGCAAUAGUAGCAGCGAGAGUAUGAGUAGCGGUUGUCCUUCCAGCACCCUGACGACGCCCACAGCAGCAGCAGCAGCAGCAGCAGCAGCAGCAGUAUGAGUAGUCUUCCGUUUGAACUUCAGCAAUUGUCCUUGUCUGCACCUUCCCAACCACCCGCACCCGCACCCACACCCGCAACCGCACCCCCCUCGUGUGUUCAGACCAGUAGCACUCUCCGUCUUCUCGAGGAUCGUCCCAGUUGGAUGUUGGCCCCACCCUCCUCGGCCUAUCCCUAUCCUCCUUUGAUGACACCGAGUCAUAAAAGAAGAGGUAGACCGUCAGGGGCAAGUCAUGGAAGAUCGAUGUCUGAUUUUUACCUCAGUCAUCCACUCACGCCUCGUCCGACACCCCUCUCACCUUACCACUCUCCUUCUUCACUGUAUUAUCCUCGUCAAGAGCAGCUACCAACCCCACCCACCCCCUCCGCCCUACUUUUGUCGUCGUCGUCGUCGAAACCCUCUUUUCAAAAGCAUCGAAGAACCGUUUCAGCCAACCCACCACGUACCCUCAGCGUCCCUCCUCUUCCUCCUCCUCCUCCUCAAGAAGCAGCAGCAGCAGCAGCAGCAGCAGCAGCAGCACCGGAAAAGGAGACCAUGACGUUACUGGUGCCUAUGGACAGUGGUGCAAGAGCACAGACGCAGAGUCCUCCUUCUUAUGAUGUACCCUUUCAGCAGCAACAAGAGCUAUUGCAUGAAGCACUCAACAUGACGAGCAGCAGUAAAGCACCGCCGUUUCCCGAGAGAAGAGAAAGAGGACCCACCCGAUGUGGUGUGGGUGAGAGAGAAACAUCUCGAGGACGAGGAAGAGGAGAAGGAGAAGGAGAAGGAGGAGAAGAAGCAUAGGACGACAACAACGACAGAAGACAAGACGCAAUAUACCACCUCUUUCUUGGUGUCAAGAAACGAACAUACCGGAAAAUACAGCUG